AUGAUUUAUCUGGCUCACACAGCUCACCGCCAGUUCCUGGGCCUGGUAGUAGGGUUCCUGGGGUGGAUCGCCACCAUGACCACAGCCGGCCUCAACGAGUGGCGGCUGUGGCAAGUGGCCGACGAGUCCGUCAUCACCUCAGGCGUGGCCUGGGUGGGCAUCUGGAGGGCGUGUUUCUACAGCCACGCCCUUCCCGAGAUAGAGAACUGUCAGAGCAUCAGCGUCUCAGACUCCUUUGUCCCGGUGGAGAUCCCUGUGGCUCAGGUGCUGAUGGUGCUGGCGGUGUUCUGCGGACUGGCGGGAAACGUCAGCGCUGCAGUGGCAAUGAGGAUGGUCUACUUCUCUGUGGAGGAUCGUAGGAACAUCAGGCUGGUCUUCGUGCUGGCAGGGACCCUGUAUCUGCUCACGGGGAUGUUCUCCUUGGUGCCGCUGGCGUGGAACAUGAACUCUGUGCUCAAAAACAGCACCAUAGACUUUCCUCCUGAGUUUUACCUCCCUGUGGCUCCUGUGAGGCAGCAGGUCGGCUCAGCCAUCGGCGUGGGCAUCUUUGCCUCCAUCCUGAUGUUCUUGAGCGGCCUGCUUUUCCUCUCCUACCAGUACGUGUGGCACACGCUGAGGUCCGAGGCCCCCAGAGACACCGGGGAUUCGCUCCACGGCCCCUGGGCAGAAACGACCAUGGCACACAAAUCUGAGGUGCCAAAUGGAGUAAACCAGGGCCGGGAUAAUCCUGCAUUCCACAGCGAAGAAGUUUCAUGA